AUGGUGGAUGUAACUCUGGAUCCUGACACAGCACAUGCCUCCCUCAUCCUGUCUGCUGAUGGGAAACAAGUGAGAUGUGGCGACACAAAGCAGAAUGUCCCUGACAACCCCAAAAGGUUCAGUCUUGUUGUAAAUGUCUUGGGAAAACAGGGCUUUUCCACGGGCAAAUUCUACUAUGAGGUUCAGGUCAAGGGGAAGAUUGAGUGGACCUUAGGGGUGGGCAGAGAGUCCAUGAUCAGGAAGGGAAAGAUAACUUGGAGCCCUGAGAAUGGAUACUGGACAAUAUGGCUGCGUAAUGGGACUGAGUAUAAGGCAUUGGACAGUACCCGUGUUCUCCUCUCCCUGAAAGAGAAGCCCCAGAGGGUGGGGGUGUUUGUGGAUUAUGAGGCAGGUCUGGUCUCCUUUUAUGAUGCAGACAGUUGGUAUCAUCUCUACUCUUAUGCUAAUGUUACCUUCACUGAGAAACUUUACCCAGUCCUCUGUCCUAAUCUUAAUCAUGGAGGAAAGAACUCCUCUCCUCUUAUCAUCUCCUCAGUUCAUAUCUGCCCUAUCAAGUAA